AUUCAGUGCGAAAUUCAAGAGGCUCGUGAACGGUUGAUACAAGAGACAAGUGUUGGAAUUGUGUGUGUUCAAAUGUGUAAAUUGAAUUGAAAAUAAACAAAAAAUUGCAUUCUUGUAUCAAAAAAAAAAAAAAAAAAACCAAUGUAAAUUUUUGGAAAGAGUUGUUGUUGUUUGUUGGAAUUUGAUCAAACUAAAAAAAUACUACCGAUCAUUGUGAUUGUACAAAAAAUUGAAAAAAACAUAAUCAUCAAUUGAUAAGAAACGGCGUUAAUCGAGUGACCGACCUCUGUGUUUUUAUUUUUGUAAUUUUCGCUAUCAGUUGCAUGAAGAUAACCCACAGCAGAGUGUUUUUGUUGCUAUAAAACUAAACAAAAUUGUGCUCCCCUUAACGCUAAAAAAUACAUUUCAAAUCAACACCCCGUAGUUUGCAAUGUUAUUCGUGUUCGACAUGUUGCCUUUGCUUUCCGGUUUCAUUUAUUUUGUCGGAAUAUGGGCUCUGGCCGUAUUUAUUUACGAUAAUUUUAUAUCUGUGAUUUCCAUUAUCAAAUCUUUGCUCCAGCCAUACUUCCAACCUCAGCUACCAACAACAUUGGUCGACAAAUACGGAAAAUGGGCAGUUAUUACGGGAGCCACCGACGGCAUUGGCAAGGAAUACGCUAAAGAGUUGGCCAAACAAGGCCUAAAUGUGGUGCUCAUUUCACGUACCAAAGCCAAGUUAGUGGAAGUUUGUAAUCAAAUUGAAUCUGAAUACAAAGUUAAAACGAAAUGGAUUGCCGCCGACUUUUCCAAGGGCAAAGAGGUUUAUGGCCACAUUGAAAAUGAAUUGGCGGGCAUACCAGUGGGUAUUUUAGUCAAUAAUGUUGGUAAAAUGUACGAUUUUCCCGAUGCCUUGGAAAAUGUCCCGGAAGAUGUGUUAUGGGAUAUUAUCAAUAUCAACAUUGGUUCGGUUACCAUGAUGACCCACAUGAUCAUACCCAAUAUGAAGAAACAAGGUAAAGGUAUUAUUGUAAAUAUCUCCUCGGGCAGUGAAUUGCAACCUUUACCCUACAUGGCUGUAUAUGGCGCAACAAAACGUUUUGUUCGAACCUUUAGCUUGGCCAUUGAACAGGAAUUGGCCGAACAUAAUAUCGAAGUGCAAUGUGUCACCCCCUUGUUUGUGGUGACGAAAAUGAAUCAAUACUCGGAGACGGUAAUGCAGGGCAGUUUAAUGGUGCCCAGUGCGGCGGCAUAUGCAAGAUCUACAGUUUUUACAUUGGGUAAAAGUAAGGAGACAACGGGUUAUUGGUCACAUGGUUUGCAGUAUUUCAUUAUGAAAUUAUCUCCCGAACGUGUGAGGACGCGCAUUGGCGGCCAAAUGUGCAAAAAGCUGCGCCAGGAAUAUUUGGAUACACAACUCAAAGAGAAGGCCAUGUAAUUUGAAAAGACUUCAAGUACCUUAGCUAUGUAUAAGUAUUUUCUGUUAAAUUAAUAUUAUAAAAUUUUAAUGUAUAUACAUAAUGUUUGUAAGAAAUAAA